GCUGUGCGGGUGGCUGCCGGGCCCGGCGGAGGCUGGGCCGUUCUCUAAAUGGCGGGUGCCGGUGCCCAUGGAGAAGAAAUUUUUUAUCUUUGGGAAGAUUCUCUUCAGCAACACUACAAUUUUCCUAAAGUUCGAUGGCAGUGAAGAUACAUGUGAUCCUUCUCAUGUUUACAAUGUCAGCUGGUACUUGGGAUAUUCUGAUUGCUACAAUGAGGUCUUCAACUUUGAGGAUGAACAGGCCAAGGCUUAUUUCAGUGACUCUGUAAAAAAACACCCAAGUUGGUCAGGAUACUACGCAAUGUCUUGGUUGCUCUUCUCCAACUGUACUGAACUCUUCAAACCACAGAUUUUCUACAAAGAAUUUGUUCAUCCAGAACCCCCCUCUGACGGAAGACAAGAGCUCUCUUCUCAAGAGAAUGGAACAAGCAAUGCCACUGCAGCAGAGAAGCCUCCAAUGAAUGCUGUGAUGAGAACCUGGCAAGAUGGGCCUUAUAUCUUUAUUGUGCAUAUUGAAAUUUUAUCCUCUAAGAAAGCAAGUGUGGAAGUUAAAGGAGCAACAAAUGAUGGAUUGCCGAAAGUUAUGACUUCUUCCGUUCCACAAAGGGCACUUUUUAAUAUGACUGUGGAAGUGAAGGGUCCGUAUGAAUACCUCUCUUUAGCAGAUUAUCCUCUCAUGAUUUUUUUCAUGGUGAUGUGUAUCGUAUAUGUGUUGUUUGGAGUUCUGUGGCUUGCGUGGUCAGCCUGCUAUUGGCGUGAUCUCCUGAGGAUCCAGUUCUGGAUUGGUGCAGUUAUCUUACUGGGAAUGUUAGAGAAAGCUGUUUUCUAUGCAGAAUUCCAGAAUAUCCGCUACAGUGGAGAAUCCGUCCAAGGGGCACUAAUACUGGCUGAGCUGCUUUCAGCGCUGAAACGUUCACUUGCUCGGACUCUUGUUAUAAUAGUGAGCCUGGGAUAUGGCAUUGUCAAACCACGCCUUGGAGUCACUCUUCACAAAGUCAUUGUGGCUGGAGCUCUCUAUUUAUUAUUUUCUGGCAUGGAAGGUGUCCUUAGAGUCACAGGGGCACAGAAUGAUCUUGCCUCCUUGGCCUUUAUUCCACUGGCUUUCCUAGAUACUGCCCUCUGUUGGUGGAUAUUUAUCAGUUUGACUCAGACAAUGAAAUUGUUAAAACUUAGGAGGAAUGUUGUGAAGCUCUCUCUCUACCGACAUUUCACCAACACUCUCAUCUUGGCAAUAGCAGCAUCUGUUGUUUUUAUCAUCUGGACAACUUUGAAAUUCAGGCUGGUAGAUUGUCAGUCGGAUUGGCAGGAGCUGUGGGUGGAUGAUGCCAUCUGGCGGCUUUUGUUUUCAAUGAUACUUUUUGUCAUCAUGGUUCUUUGGAGGCCGUCUGCCAACAACCAAAGAUUUGCUUUUUCACCGUUGUCUGAGGAAGAUGAGGACGAUGAACAGAAGGAGCCAAUGCUGAAAGAAAGCUUUGAGGGAAUGAAAAUGAGAAGUUCAAAACAAGAAUCAAAUGGAAAUCCUAAGGCCAACAAACCAGAAGAUGAUUUAAAAUGGGUAGAAGAGAAUGUUCCUUCUUCAGUGACUGAUGUUGCUCUCCCAGCGCUUCUGGAUUCAGAUGAGGAAAGAAUGAUCACACACUUUGAAAGAUCCAAAAUGGAAUGAAGGAGAAAAUAGUUUCCAGGACAAGGCUUUUUGCUGAUGGAGAAGGAAGAAACUUAUGUCUCCCUUGGAAUGUUCCAGUGCUGCAUUCUUCUGAUAUGUUCCAUAAUGUUUGGAACUGUACACUGUUCUCAGUGCGAGAAUAUUUUACUCGGGUCACUGUGGAGGGAAUCACACACAUGUUGGUAAACCAAUGAACACAUUUGAAUUUGCAUUGUUGCUGCAAGUGUGGUUUUUCGGCAAUUGAAAUGUUUUUUAUUGCAGCACAUUGUUACUUUUUAAAUAUUUAAGUCAAACUAAAACCGUUUAACAACUGCCUGAGGAACUAUUAAUUCAAUAUUACAGUGAAAUCACAUAUGUUUUAACUACAGGGAGGGAGAAAAUAGGACAAAGAGUUGAGAAUGUUUUCCCCAAACUAGCAAGGGUGAUCCACACACAAAGACAAGCUUCAGCUUAUCAACAGUUUCCAACAAUCCAUGCACUCCAUAAGGUGCUGCACACAGAAACACCUGUACACUGUGCCUGGGUCUAUGCGUAGAGGAUUAAAUCCCAGCGUUCUCCAGUUCCCAGUGAGGAAUUGGCAUUGUCAGAGCUGUCAGAAUCAACCAUGUGUAAAAGGGCCUUGCACACAGUAGUGUGUCUGCAGUUUUCUGCUCCGUGCAAAAAUCUGAGGAUCACGGUCGGUGCCUUUCAUUUUACUUAGAUGCAGUAGCAGCUAUUGACUGAAGAUCUUGGUAUCUGACUUGAGAAAGGCAGAGAACUUUAGAGAGAGCAAAAAGCUCUUGCUUAUGGGAAAAAAAUGAACAUGCCGUGAGAGAUGUUUUGGAAGGGAAGUUACGAUUCCUAAUGUUUUAAGCAAAAUCAAGUGAAAAUUUAUUCACUCCACUGUAUAGGAAAGAUGGUCUAUUUUAAGUUUUACGUACUUAGAGGCAAUGAUUGCUUAACUCUUAGUGUUUGUUGCACAUCACGUUGCUGGCAAUGGGGUGUGAUCACGAGCAGUUAACUAUUCAAAUCAGAGCAACAAGUACUUAAAUAAAAACACCCCAGCACCCAGCAGCUGUCUCUGACCAGUCCCAUGCUUAUCCUGUUCUUAUAUUGUUGUAUUGAAACAACUCACUAGACUGAACUACCCCAUACAGAUUGUCUCUGAAUCAGGCCUAUACAAGUUAUGUCCCGCUCCAGACAUGUAUCGUGGCCUGCCAAGUACUUGACAAUCUUCCUGUUUUUGUAGUUCUAGAUAGGCAACAAACUAGGAAGGUUAUGAAGUCCCUGGUAGGCUGUUUAGCUACAAGUUGUAUAAACCUGUUCUACGUUGUUAGGCUUAACACUAUUAUGCAAGAUGUCCUAAAUUUGCACAUGCUUUACACAUUAAUGUGACCCCAAAUAACAACUGUUCUCCAUGCAGCUCUCAAAUAGCUUCAGGAACAGGGCGGGUGGGUGUCUGCACCUGGCAUCCUUGGACAGCUGCUGGAUCUCCUGUGCCCUGGCAGAGCCCACUGGUGCUCUGGGUUAAAUUUCCUAUACAAUGCCUCUGAUAUGUAGCAUUGCUCUGGGGCACUGUGGGAAAUUUAAAAUGGCUCAUAGCUGCCCUCCACUGCAGCCAGUUGAAUGUCCAUGGUCAAGAGUCCAUCUAUACAUGAGGGGGCUCACCUGAGUACACUUUGGCAGGGGGCCCUUCAGAUCCAGAGCCGGCUUGGAAUAUCUCAUCCAUACAUCAUGCAUAUCACUUCCUCAUCCCAGCUCUGUCCUCAUGUCUGCUCAUACAAAUGGGCAGAAGCACCUUGUCACAUUUCCAGUGGCUCUGUCCAAGCAUUCUCCCCUAUCCCGUUCUCCCUUCGUAAUUCUUUUUUGCCUCUCCUCCUCUCGCACCAUGAUCCGUACUGAGGAGCCAUUUCUGACCACACUUCUAUUAAAUAUUGAAAAUUCAACUCCCUUACAGGAUUUUGUAGGAAAGACACCUGCCCACCCCCAGAAAACUGAAUCUUGCUGGGAAGAUGAUAAAGUCUUGCAAAAGGAUCAAAUUCCUUUUUUUUCUAAUGAUAAAUAUUUUCCUGCCAUAAUUUAUGCAAAUAUGCUGUGCUGGAAUAUUUCUGUUCCAGGUGGUUGGGAGGAGGCUAGGGAAGAAAAGGGCUUAGUUUGUUUUUCAAUUUGAAAUUGUGUUUUUCCAAUUUUAGAGCCACGAUUUGGAAUUUAUCAAUGUUAUUUGACAUAUUCCUCCAUCCAGGAAAACCUGGAAUUAGGAUUUCCCAUGAAAUUUUGAAAUUUGCCAGAGUUUGAAUUCUGCUUCCUAAAAUUGUUUUAGCUGUACUUACUAUGUAUAAGUGGUUUGGUAAUGGGUUUCCCUGUAACUUACAGGCACUUUUUUAUUUGAUUCAGUCUGAGUUGCAGAUUUAUGUUCUAUACAAUAAAAUUCUUUUUUUUCUUAAA